CUGGUCUCCUAUAGAUGGUAGUCUACACCAGACAACCCUUCCUGUGAAGCAAGGCUAGCAAGCGAAACUAAAUCUCAUGGAUAGGAAAGUAAAUCGAAACCUAGUUCAAUCUAGCUAUUUGCACAACGUGCUCUUCAUUUAAAACACCCCCUCAGCACCUGCGUUCAGAAUUCUCUGGCGCCGCCCCUGGCUAUGGAGGACACCAUUCAUUCUCAGAGACAGUUAUCAACAACAUCAAGAUCAUGGGUCUCAUCUUCCUUCAUUAUACUGGUAGUGCUUGGAAUAAUUGGGGUAACUGCUGCAGUAGUGGUGCAGAUGUUUAGGCUACAAAAUCAUCAACAUCAUGUUCAUGAUUCAGUUGAUAUAGUGCAUCAUCCAGGUGACGAGCUCCGGAUUGUUCUGGUUGGAAAAACAGGUGUGGGGAAAAGUGCAACAGGCAACACUAUUUUGAGGAAAAGGGUUUUUAAAUCAGAGAUAUCCUCCUCCUCUGUGACUGGACAAUGUGAAAAAUUUUAUGCGAUAAUAAAUGGCAGAAUAAUAUCUGUCAUUGACUCUCCAGGUCUGUUUGACACCAGCCUAACUGCAGAUGAUGUGAUUGCCAGAAUUAAACGCUGUAUUCCUCUCUCUGCUCCUGGUCCACAUGUCUUCUUAGUUGUGAUUCAGGUGGGCAGAUUCACAGAUGAAGAGGCAGCAGCUGUUAGAACCAUCCAAGCAAUUUUUGGUGAGGAAUCCUCCAAUUACACCAUGGCACUAUUCACUCAUGGAGAUCGACUGGAGGACAAAAACAUUCACACAUUUGUGCGGAAUAGCCCCAAACUGCUCAGUUUCAUUAAAACAUGCAGCGGACGAUACCAUGUGUUCAACAAUCAAGAACGAAAUCCUGAACAAGUCAAUCAGUUGCUCGACCAGAUUGAUAAAAUGGUCACUGGGAACGGUGGUCAACAUUACACCAGUGAGAUGCUUGAAAGGGCUGAGAGAGCAAUUGAGGAAGAAAAACAACGUAUCCUGAAGGAGAAUGAGGAGAAGAGACUAAAGGAGAUAGAAGCUCUGAGGGCUACACUUGAAGGUGAGGCCCUUAAAAAAGCUGAAGAAAAGCUAAAGAAUGAUCACGAGCAGCAAGCAAGAUGGCAAGCUGAGAGAAGCACUUCAAUUUGGGGCAAAAUCAUUACAUUUCUCGGCAACGUGAAGAAAUUUUUCUUAGGCUAAGUCAGUUCAGGAAAGACUAUAAGUAUUAAAUAAAUAAAACAUGACAUGGAUUUAUACAUUUAUAUAUAAAUUUAAACUGUAUACAUUAUAUAUUUUUUAUAUAAAUUUAUAUAACUACAGAAGAACACAUGAGUAAUGCAAUAUUAGCACGCUAGUAACUACUAGUAACUAACAAGCAACUUUGAUUAAUGAAUUAGUAAGUAACAGUGCUUAGUCGAAUAUGGUAGUUCACUAUUACCUAAUCAGUAACUAUUAUUUUUUCCAUACCUCCCCAAGAACUACUAAGAACUACUGUAUACAGGUUAAUAAUUAAUAUGAAUAAUACAUAAUGCAUAAUUAAUUCUAAAUUAAAGGUCAUGGUAACCCACUAGUAAUGACUCAAGUAUUACCAAAUUCCUCAGAAGGAAUUACUAAUUAUUUGGAUCAGUAUUCUAAAGUGAAUAACAUGAUAAUUAUCUAGUAAUUACUGAAGUCAUUGUGAACUUUUGAGGUUUUUGUAAGGUCCUGGUUAGUAAUUAAUUUAGCUAGAUUUGGUAACACUGAAAUCAUUACUAGUGGGUUACCGUGAUCUUCACUUUAGAAUACUGAUCCAAAUAAUUAGUAGUUUCUUCAGAAGGAUGUAGUAACACUUGAGUCAUUAUUAUCCAAAACAUUACAUAGAUCUCAAAAGCUCACAAUGACAUCAGUCAAUAUUAGGAAGUUAUGAUGAUUUUCACUUUAGAAUACUGAUCCAAGUAACUAGUAGUUCAUUUAGAAGGAUUUGGUAAUACUUGAGUCAUUACUAGUGGGUUACCAUGAAUUAAUUAUUCAUUAUGCAUAAUUCACAUUAAUUAUAAACCUGUAUAAAGUAGUUCUUAGGAGUUCUCAGGAUAUAUGAAAAAAAAGUAGUUAUUGUUUAGCUAAUAGUGAACUACCAGUUUCAACUUAACACUAUUUCUUAAUAAAUCGUUAAUCACAGUUUCUUGUUAGUUAAUAGUAGUUACUACAAUGUUAAUAGUGCAUUAGCCAUUUGUUCUGUGUAGUUAUUCAAUAACGAUGGAACAGUAUUCUAAAGUGUUACCAUAAAUUUAAACUGCAUUUUAUUUUGUUCUCAUGAAUAGAAUAUUACUCAGUUUUAAUUAUAUAUAAAAUGCUCAUAUCAGAUGUAAUUGUGAUUCCAUGGCAUGUUUUAUUUAUUUAAUAAUUAUACCUCUUUCCACUCUAACCAAGGAUAAUAUUCAGCUUGAUUUAUGUUGCUAGGUUAUUAUUUGUAUACCCUAGCUGCUUAUCAAAUUUUUAUUUUUAUUUGUGCCCUUUGCAUGAGUAUGAACUGAGUGCCCUUAAGUUGUCUGUAUGGGGUUGAGAAUUAGGUGUGCUUAACACCCAAAAAGCAAUAUACAAUAGACAUUUAGAAGAUGCAUUCCUAGCAACAAAUGGCAAUUUUGUAAAUUUCUUACCGUAAAUAUAUCAAAACAUAAUUUUUGAUUAGUAAUAUGCAUUGCUAAGAACUUCAUUUGGACAAAUUUAAAGGCGAUUUUCUCAAUAUUUAGAUUUUUUUGCACCCUCAGAUUCCAGAUUUUCAAAUAGUUGUAUCUCAGCCAAAUAUUAUCCGAUCCUAACAAACCAUACGUCAAUGGAAAGCUUAUUUAUUCAGCUUUCAGAUGAUGUAUAAAUCUCAAUUUCGAAAAAUUGACACUUAAGACUGGUUUUGUGGUCCAGGGUCACAUAAGACAUCGACGAACUGAAUAUCUGAAUCUGAAUAUAUGAAAUUUAGUUUGUAUUGAUUAAGCAGGUGCUUUGUCAUUCAAUGAACUGUACUGUUAACUCAUUUUAGUAGGUGUUUUUCUCAGGGACUGGAGGUACAAAUACAGAUCAGCAUAAAAACAAGCAUUAUUAAUUAUGUGAUGAACACAUUUAUUUGUUGUUAUCAGUCAUUGCACAUUCUAUGAUGAAAGGGGUUUCUUAAGAUAUAUUUGUCACAACAUCAAGUUUUGAAAUUUUGGAAUUUUUUUUUUCAUGCAACAAGCACAAGUGUGAUUGCGUGUUAUUCUCUUUCUCCUAAGUUAUUUUGGCUUCUAUUCAGUUUGAUUUGAUAUUUGUAGUUUUUUAUGCAGCAUGAUCACAUGAUGUAUUAUUGUGACAAAUCAGCAGAAUUUGCAACAACAAUGUCAAGGAAACAUCAGAAAACCAAACAAACCAUACAUAAAAUUGAUGUUUGAUAAUUUUCUUCUUCUCAAAAUCACUGAAAAUAUUUAAGUGAAAGAGCAAAUCAGUUUAAAUGAGAGGCAACUAAAAUUUGAAUUGGAAAAAUUUAGAAUUUGCAUUCCCAUUUGACUACAAUGCUUGCAAAACUUGGUUGCUUUCGAAGCACUGCUUCAUGAAGCUUCAAAACCUUUGGCCAGUGUCUAUGUUUUUUACCUCGGAUCAGUUUUAUAAAUUUGUAGACAUUUUAAAUUACAUAUUUGUAUAAUAAAAAGUAAGAGUAGUAUUUAAUAUUCUCUUAUAAUUUAAUAAGCCCCCCCAUAAAACAAACAAAACAAGCCCCUAAAGUAAAAAAACACAUUUAUACAGACACUUCAUAUUUAAUGAUAUUUGAUGAAUUGUUAAUUGCAUUGAAUUGAUUACACUCUCAAUAAAACAUUUGCAAUUUUUAAACAUGUUUGGUCCUGUGUCCUGUGUGUAAAUAAAAUGAAAGAAUAAAUUUAAAG